CGCGCGCGGCAUGGCGCGCUGGCGUUCUGUUGUUUUGCCGUGUGCGCGUGCUGGGCCAUUGCAGUUUGCCCGUCGAAGAACAACUUUGUUGGUAUGACAUAGUUAGAAUGACAAUCUACGACAGCGACCCGCAGAUUUCCACUGUACCAGGUAAAGCGUCAAAGAGGCUUUCGGAAGCCAGCAUUGGUUGAUACGUUGUACCGGUUGUACUGCGGGACUGUUCUGUGACACUGGUUUGUGUCAACACUGAAAAACUAGAGUUGCACCCCAACAGAGACUUGAAGCUCACUUAUCAGCCAUGGGCUGUUGGGAAGACAUGAUUGAAGCCAUCGGAAAGAUGGGCGACCCGUACGAGCUCGCCAAUAGCGAAGACCUCAUCGUCUUAAAGCUGGACAAGCCACUGCCGAGCGGCCGCUCCAUUCCCCAACAACUAAUGGCUGACUCCAGCCGCUCAGUGCUCACGACGUGUCAGGAAGGCUUUACCAGCUGCCGAAGCUUUCUCGUCAAGCACUCCUAUUCCACGGUGCUUUUCUCCGGUUUACCCGAGCUGAAGUCGACGAAAGUAUUGCUCGCCACUGCGAGGGAUGUUGUCCCGAAGGCACAGGAGCUGAUCAUCGUUCACAACAGGGACCUGAUGGUCGACCUAGUGUCCUGGUUCUCCAAGCUGACCAGGCUGAUCCUGUACCACGACCUGACUCUGCAGUCGGAUUCCGCGGAUGAGGUGCAGGUGUUGGCAGAGAGGGCGCAGCUCCACCAAGUCUGGGGCACCACGCCGGCAGUUGGCACCGAAGAGCUUUUCCUCUGCCCCCAGACGCUCGCCAUGCUGCUUGCAAACUGUCCUUCGCUAUCUGAAAUCCAAGCACCGCUGAACGAAGUCGUGAUGCUUGCGGACCAGUUUCGGGCACGUUCGCCGCAUUUUCCGCCCGUGUUCAACAACUGUCGGGAGCUGACAUUGGGCUCUUACCUUCGACGGAGCACGCGCAGUGCAACCAUGAUGGGCACUGCAACCCUGCCUUGCAUCAAGAAGGCGCUCGAACUGUAUCCGAACCUCGAGCAGUUGCAGGUCUCGACAAUAGACCGGGACGUCCUCGCCUUCUUACCGAAGUUCUCCCGGCUCAAGCGCCUUUCCAUAAUGUACGGUGGCCGAGGCGGAAUGUGUCCCUUCCUCCCCUUCAUCACCGAUAUGCUGCAAGCACUGCACCUGACGCGCCUGACGAUAAAAUACUUCAAGGGCAUACUUCUGUCUACCAUCGCCCGUCACUGCCCAAACCUCGAAUGCCUCUCUUUAUUGGACUGCAACCUCUGUGACGAGGUGAUCCAACCCGGCUCGUUUACGAAACUGAGAUCUCUCGCCCUCAGCGACUGCAACAUGGACGAAGCGUUCUUCCCCCUCCUCAAUGACGCCGAGGGCCUCACCGACCUCCACCUCGACGGCGAGUGGGCGAUUGCAUCGUACGUCAGCGGGCCGCCGGAGCCGUCGAAGCCGCGGCCUAUCCACCGUAAGAUGGAGCAGCUCAUCCUCGCCACGGAGUGGUCGUUGCGGGCGUUGUACCUGUUGCCCGAGGAAGUCCGCAGGACGAUCGAGUCUAUGCCGGUGCUCAGGCGUCUGAGCACGAACAGCUACGACAUCCGACUGUGCAUGCAGACCUACUACCCACACGUGACACUGACAUGGUCCACGUGUACAACCUGCAUGGCCGAGUUCCCGAAAGUUGGCUUUGUGCAGGAUUAUAUCUGGCGCUCGCUGCAUACCGAGAAUAAAGACGACGACGAGGACACAUAGCUGCGAAAAAACGUGUGCCCCUAUAUCACUGAGGACAAUCGGGACGGACUUUCUGUUGGCGAGUACAAUGAACAGCAUCGCAGAAGCACUGCCGAUCAUUCUUGCAACAUUUUCACAACUAUGUGCAGGGUUGACCACAUCCAAGGUGAACACUUCAUUAAUAUUCAGGUCGGUAAAGCUUGAAUGUUCAUUCUACUUUACGAGGGAAAUGUCCGUAACGUGACGUCUAAUUAUGGUGUUGAUAAACACAAUAAUAAUUUUCUGAAUUAUGUGUUAAACAUGAGCUUGUGUGAGGUCGUGAAUACUAAUGAGGUGUCCACCUUAGAUGUAGAUGAUCGUGUAUAUAUGGUUGAAGUGCAGAAUGAUGUUACGUAUAGCAUGCAGUAAAUAAGGAAGAUAAAAUUCAACGUACCUUUGAACCCUUCUGACAUGUGUACAGCUUGUGUGCUUACUAAAGCGUCCCUGAGCUGGUAUCUUGAAAUUGCCUAAGUCGUUAGGCUACAGCUAGAGUAAAUGAUUUGCACCGCAAUCCAA